GAUUACAAUGAAAUCAAGAAACUAAAAAGCGAUAGAGAGGCAAAUGACGAACACAAGAAGAAAACCAAAAAGGAACUAAACGAAAAUAAUUCCAAAAAGCAAAACGAUCCGGCUGGUGGCGAUAGCGAUAACAAGAAAAACGAUAAGAAUAAUGAUAAUAAGGAGAAAAGUGAUAAUCGCAAUGAGAAAAAAUCAGAGCAUUCAAAAAGCGAUGACGAUAAAGUGAAACCGAAAGCCGCCGAAACUGAUAAAGCGAAACAAACGCAAACCGCCGAAAACGAGCACAACAAAGAAGUAAAACCGGAAACAGCAAAGGAAAAAUCCAAAAGAGAUGAUGAUGAGAAAAUUAAAAAUAGCGGAAAAGAUAAAAACGAGAAGGAUAACGAGAAAAAAGGAGAGCUGAACGCCGGAAAAGAUAAA